AUAUUGAUUAACAUAAGAGAUCAUUCGAUAUCGAUAUCGAAAAUGCCAUCUUCUUCUUCUUCUUCCCCAAAUAAUUACAAUAUUAAAAUAUUGGCAAGUAUUUUGUUUGCCAUAUUAUUAAUCUUGUGUGCAGGUGCAGGAUAUGGUGAGGCCCAGCUGAGCCCUACGUUUUAUGAUGAAGACUGCCCAAAUGCCACAAGCAUUGUAAGUGCUGUCAUUGAAGAGGCUUUGCAGACAGAUCCCCGUAUUGCUGCCAGCCUCACCAGGCUUUUCUUCCAUGACUGCUUCGUCAACGGUUGUGAUGGAUCAGUCUUGUUGGACAACAGUAGUACCAUAGACAGCGAGAAAGGAGCAUUCGCAAAUAACAACUCAGCCAGAGGAUUUGAUGUUGUGGACAACAUCAAGACUGCUUUGGAGACUGCUUGCCCGGGCAUUGUUUCCUGUGCUGAUAUUCUCGCCAUUUCUGCUGAAGAAUCUGUUUCUUUGUCUGGAGGCCCCUCAUGGACAGUUCUAUUAGGAAGAAGGGAUAGCACAACAGCGAAUCGCACAGCUGCCAACGAAGCCCUUCCAGCUCCCUCUUUCACCCUUGACGAACUCAAGGCCAGUUUCGCAGCUGUAGGCCUCGACACCACUGAUCUGGUUGCACUAUCCGGUGCUCACACAUUUGGGCGUGCUCAAUGUCAAUUUUUCUCCGACCGAUUGUAUGACUUCAACAGCACAGGCAGUUCUGAUCCGACCUUAAACUCAACCUACUUAGAAACACUGAGUGCGUUAUGCCCGGAGUCCGGGAAUGGGAGUGUGCUAGCCGAUCUCGACCCUUCAACUCCUGAUGUUUUUGAUGCCGACUAUUUCUCUAAUCUUCAAGUUCAUUAUGGCCUUCUCCAAAGCGAUCAAGAGCUGUUUUCGACCAGCGGGGCUGAUACCGUUGACAUUGUUGACAGCUACAGCGCUAAUCAAAGCGCCUUCUUUGAGAGCUUUGUGAUAUCUAUGAAUAAAAUGGGGAAUAUAAGCGUCCUGACCGGAACUGAUGGAGAGAUUCGAUUGAACUGCAGUAAGGUUAAUGGAGAUUCAUAUGGAUCAUCUGCUACUUUGAUAGCUGAGUAUUAAGGUUAUGUAAAUCUAAUCAAGCUUAAUGCCUGAUAUGAUGAUUAUGAUGAUCAUGUCUAUGACUUCAUGUUCGAGCUUAUAUGACUACGAGCUCAUCAAUUUCUAUGAAGGUUCUUGAAUAAAACUACGACAUGAUUUACAAUUA